CGCCUCUGAGGACAGCGCUUCUAAGAACAAGGCCUCUGAAGACAGCGCUUCUAAGGACAAGGCCUCUGAAGAUAGCGCUUCUGAAGAUAGCGCCUCUAAGGACAAGGCCUCUAAAGACAGCGCCUCUAAGGGCAAAGCCUCUAAGGGCAAGGCCUCUAAAGACAGCGCUUCUAAGAACGAGGCCUCCAGCAAGACCAAAUCAAAAGCGCAUCCGCCCAGUGCCACCACGUUUGACCAUCUAGCCGAUUUUUCGGCAUGGACCAGGUGGAGACCACACCGGUCAGCGAAUUCAAGCGCAAUGGCCAAGUCGUCCUCUACGGCUUUCUCGGGAAGCAGAAGGCCGUGAGCUCUGUCCUGAGCUUCUGCGAUUUCGAGAUUUCUAGCAGAGAAGUGGCUCUCCAGAUCGUUUCCCAGUGGGACAGGGAGGGUUCGUCAAGCCACCGCACUCACAAGCAACUCCUGGAAAUACCGGCCUACAGCCCCGUUCUCGUGUCGGGAACCCUUCAGCCGUCCGAGAAGAAAACGCCUUUCGACCCUACCCUCUUCUUCGCUAAGCAGUGGGAUAUCAGACUGACCGGAAUAGCGCCCCUCAACAAUUUCCCCAGCGAUAUCAUAGUCUCUAAGGAUGCUGUGUGGCCGCCGCAAUCUCGCCACUUACAGCUGCGGUUCGACCACCUCCUCCGAGAUCGGUUGCGCUUCCGCGACCAGAUCCGGACGACCCUCACGAGGAAGCUGCAGGAAUUGGAUUUCGUCCACAUCGACACGCCCAUCCUCUUCAAGUCGACGCCCGAAGGCGCGCGGGAAUUCCUCGUCCCGACGAGGCGGAAGGGGUACGCGUACGCGUUGCCCCAGAGCCCCCAGCAGUACAAGCAGCUGCUCAUGGCCAGCGGCGUGCACAAGUACUACCAGUGGGCGAGGUGCUUUCGCGACGAGGAUCAUCGUUCCGACAGGCAGCCCGAGUUCACCCAGCUCGACAUGGAGAUGGCCUUCACCACCUCCACCGGCAUUAUUGAGACCGUCAACCUGCUCAUCACACAAGUCUUCACCCACAUGACGCAUCAUGCCAUUCCGCUCGACGUCAACGGCGUACGGCACACCUUGACGACCUCGGCCACGAAGAAGGAGUCGAAAACUGGGUUCACCAAAGUCAGGGAUCCCGAUCUCCCCCGUUUCACAUACCGUGGUGUGCCGAAACAAAUAGCGUAUAUCCAAUGUAUAACACGCUACGGCACCGACAAACCAGACCUGCGCCUCCAGUGCCCCGAAGUAACGAAUAUCUUCCCAUUCACAGUCCCCCUCGACAGGAAGCUGGUGAAAAGGCUCGCCGACGACGACGAGAAACCCUACGUCGAGUUCUGCAAGUUCAGACUCAACCUGACGCCCGACAAGGCGUUUGACUUCAUACACGAGUUCCUCGCGGGGAUACCGAGAAACAACGAGCUCAAUCUCACCCCCGGCUACCAUCCUGUCGCCUUCGUCUCUGACAAGCUCCUGCUCGACGACGGGCUCGCCGAUCUCGGCAGUCGCGCCGUCAGCUGGAUCCAGACGUACAAGAACAACAACGGCUGGUGCGAGUUCUCCAUGGGCGACAUCCUCCUCGUGCACGCGCGGCCCAAGGCGCCGCUCGACGGCUGCUCCUCCACCGACCUCGGCCGGCUGCGCACCGCCGUCCACCGCGCCGCCGUCGAGAAGGGCUACCUGCCGCGCGACAACGACUUCGCCAGCGUCUGGGUGCGCGAGUUCCCCAUGUUCACGGCGGACGCGGCCGGCGAGAAGGGCGGCCAGGGCGGCGGCGCCGGGUUCUCGGCGACGCACCACCCGUUCACGGCGCCGGCGAGCGCCGAGGACCUGGCGCUGCUGUCCAAGGACCCGCUGGCGGCGCGCGGCGACUCGUUCGACCUGGUGAUCAACGGCGUCGAGGUGGGCGGCGGCAGCCGCCGCAUCCACGACGCGGAGCUGCAGAAGUACGUGCUGCGCAACGUGCUGCGCAUGGGCGAGGCGGGCGCGAAGCGCUUUGACCACCUGCUCGAGGCGCUGCGCGCCGGCUGCCCGCCGCACGCCGGCUUCGCGCUGGGCUUCGACCGCCUCAUCGCCGUGCUGACGGACUCGCCGACCGUGCGCGACGUCAUAGCGUUCCCCAAGACGGGGAGCGGCGAGGAUCCGCUCGUGGGCAGCCCCGCCAAGGUCACCAAGGAGCAGGCGUCCACGUACAACCUCCGGACGUGAGGAGCCGAGGGCGGCAGCGGAAGGGAGCCGGGGAGGCGGAAUGCGAUGCGCGGCGCGGCGCCGUCGGGACGAAUUCUACCCACGGAUACCUAACGAACGUCGCGAGCGCACCAGGUGUCGGACAUGUAGGCUAUGCGGAUAGAUCGAGACCGUGUACGAUAAAGGUGCUAGAUCGACACGCGCGCG